AUGCUGCCAGGGAAGGACGUGUACUGGUGGGGAGCAGCGUCCGCGUCCCUCACCGACCUGCUGCACGGCUUCCCCGUCUCGCCCAAGCCCCUCCUCGGCACCUUCAACAGCCAAACAGUCGUGGUUAGUUGGCAGUGCCGCUUAACAAUCAUGCCAUCAUGUGGUCAUGCCAUCAUGCAUCAUGUCUUCAUGCCGUCAUCCUGCUACCCCCCUGACACCGCCUUGUCCUCCUCCAUCUCUCUUCCUUGGAUCCCUAACCAGGUGCGACUGGCAUCAAACGUGACGUGGAGUGACUUCAAGCUCCUCUCAGUGUGGUCGCGAACCACUGCAUCAGAUCACGGCCACAUGGCCCCAGCGACAACCAACUCUUCCCUUCAUAAUACUCCCUUUUUCUUACCUUCCUUAUCCCUUCCCCGGGUCCGCCCCUCAUUCCUCCUGAACCAGCCUUCCCCCACCACAGAUGCCCCCUCCCCUGAUACAGCCUUCCCGCCAGAACCCUCAUACGCACUCCCUCCCCAGUCCCCACCUUUGCUGUCACCCCCGCCACCUGCGAAGCCGAGGGUGAAGCAGGGGCAGAGGCAGCCGACCAUGUUUGACAAUUGCAUGCAGCUGAGCCACCGUUAUAGGGUGCGGUGGACGCUGGACGAGGCGAGGGGGUUCGUUGACGUGGGGUUGGAAGCGGUUGUGGGGAGUGGGCCGCAUUACCUGGGGUUUGGAUGGGCGGAUCCGGACAGUGUGACCAAGUUUAUGGGGUUUGCUGACGUGGUGAUUGCGGGAUUCGAUGAAGUGGUGAGUUCAAGGGGGAGGUGGAGGAGAGGGAAGGGAGUGGGACUGCAUUGCAUGGGUGGGGUGGGGUUUGGAUGGGCGGAUCAGGAAAGUGUGACCAAGUUCAUGGGGUUUGCUGACGUGGUUAUUGCGGGAUUCGAUGAAGUGGCGAAACCAUUUGUGGAGGAUUACUAUAUCACAUCAUACGGGGAAUGCAACCUGGAGAAAAAACCACCAGAGGGAGUGUGCCCCGACCAGCUUAUGGGCGGCGGCAACUCGUCUCUCGACAACGUGGAUCUGAUCUACGGCCACCGGGUGGACGGCAUCACGUUCGUCCGCUUCCGCCGCCCGCUCGUGAGCCCAGACAAAAGAUUUGAUCACGAUAUCGACGCAGAGGAUGAGAUGAACGUGAUCUGGGCGCUUGGUUCCUUAAAGCCCAUCCCAUCCCCCUCCUCCUCAUCCUCCUCAUCCUCCUCCUCCUCCACCUCUAAUCCCUCGGUGGUAGGUGGGGUGGCAGGGGCGGCACGAACGCCCCCCGCCCACCUCUUUCCGUCCUACCAUGGGGUCCCACAAGGGUCGUUUUUUGGGGUGGCGGUGUUGACUCUAAGCCUGGCUGUAGAUGACUGUCAGAGUGUGUUGAACCCAGCAGUUGGUGUGGGAAAUGCAGGAGGAGGGGGCGGAGGAGCAGGAGGAGGAGGAGCGGGAGGGGCUGGUGGGAGUGGGGAUGGGAACGGGGAUGAUAAUGAUGAUGAUGAUGAGGAUGGGUUGGGAGGGGUGGUGGGGAGCGGAUGGGGGAAAGUCGUCGUCGCAGACCGAGGCACGCUCAUCACAGUCACAUCGGGCAAAAGCACGCACUACCCCAACCCGCCAGCGUCAACGAAAAGCUUCUAUGUGAACGGGCACGAGGCACCAGAAAUCAAGGUGGAGAGGGGGGUGCCAGUGCAGUUCUCGAUACAAGCAGGGCAUGACCUGGGGGUGUAUAUCACAUCGGAUCCUGUGGGCGGGCGGUUUAACAAGUCGGAGAUUAUAUUUGCGGGCGGCGAGGAGGCGCACGGCGUGCCGGCGGACCCGUACACCCUGCUGUGGAAGCCCACUAGUUCUACUCCUGACCUCGUUUACUAUCAGUGCUACUCGGAGCCUAAGAUGGGGUGGCGAAUCCACGUGGUGGACGGCGGGCUAUCAGACAUGUACAACCACAGCUUCCAGCUGGCAGACGGCCUCGUCACCAUGUUCUGGACGCUCACUGCCUCCUCCAUUUCUGUCGCAGUCAGGGGCGAGCACCCGUCUGGCUACAUUGCAAUAGCCUUCGGCAGUGGCAUGGUGAACUCGUGGGCGUAUGUGGGGUGGGUGGAGGGCGGCGAGGGGCGGGUAGCGUCGUACUGGAUCGACGGCAAGGACGCCAGCAGCGUGCAUGCUGCUAAGGAGGCUCUCGACAUGAGCAAGUGCAUGCAGGUGUGUGGGAAAGGGGGAGGGAGGGGGGGGGAGGAAAGCAUUGUGAGGGGGACGAAGAGAGUGCAUACCGGGUAUAGUGAUGGCAAGGACGAGGGGCGGGUAGCAUCCUCCUGGAUCGAUGGCAAGGACGCCAGCAGCGUGCAUGCCACCAGGGGGGCGCUCGCCAUGAGCAAAUGCAUGCAGGUGCGACAUGGGGAAGGGGACGGGGAGGGAGAAAGGGUGGACGGGGUGCUGACGUUCGAGUUCAGCCGGCCGCUCAAGCCUCCCGACUCAGACUGCGACGACAAGUGCAGCGUCAUCGACCCCUCAGAGCCCCUCAAAGUCAUCUGGGCGUACGGGCCCUCUUGGACCUCAGGCAAGCUGUCCUACAUGAACAUGCACACGGUGUGGAGCACCACGGUGACCAUUCUUGACUUGGAAACCGGGGAGGGAACGGUGGAGCAUCUGCAGCCGGUGUUUGUGGUGCAUGGCUUCAUGAUGACCAUGGCGUGGGCUGUUCUUAUGCCGUUCGGGGUGCUCGCCGCAAGAUAUCUCAAGCACAACGACUGGCUCUCCAUACACCAGUACACGCAAUACUCAGCCCUCGCCCUCAUGCUCCUCGGGCUGCUCUUCGCUGUCGGUGAACUGGGCGGCAUCGACCUCUCAUCCAAUCAUGCCAAGAUUGGAAUGGCAACAUUCGCCCUGGGUUGCUUCCAGCCAAUCAAUGCAUUCUUCCGCCCGCCUAAACCGUCGCCUGGGGAGAGGCCCCAGAUGAAACGGGUCAUCUGGCAGUGGGUGCACAUUCUGUUUGGCCGGGGAGCCCUCCUGGUGGGAGCAGCGGCGCUGCUGACGGGGAUAAUGGAGCUGGGGGAGACGGGGGGGGACGACUACACGGUGGACGGGUUUCUGUGGGCCAUGGUGGGAUGGUUCGCCACCAUCGCUGCCUUUGUUUGGUUCGUGGAGCGCACGAGAAGACAGGACCAUGCAACACCCCAGGAGCUAGCCAACAUGAUUCGGCACGACUGGAACGGAUCGUCACCAGCAUCGUCUGACAUGCAUCUUGCAAUGGCGGCCAUUGCGAAGCACGCGUCUCCCGUACUUCUUGCACGGCCGUCUUCCAGCCGAGCGCGCCUCGGCGAAUCUGGUAGCUCCCGUCAAGCCAGCUCCUUUAUCCCUCUCGGGGCAAGGACUCUAAACGACACAACCGCCGUAAGAUUCGGUCGGAAAUUGCUUCCCGUUCGCCAGACAACGUCCAUCCGAAGGACAGCUGCCGGUUCGGCUCGAGCUUCGGCGGUAACCAGUGCUGAUGUGGAGGAAUGGAGCAAGGCGGCGCGGUUGGUCCGGCAAGAGCAGCUGGAGGGGCAAGCGCUGGAUGCGCUUCAGAAGACCAUCGAUUCCUUCGAGCGGCCCACGUUCCCGUGCGCGCUUAUCGCUGGCGACGUGGUUAUUCUCCACCUGCUGCACCGGCUCGGCGCGCUGGGCGACAAUCCCAAGGUGAAGGUGGUGUUCAUCGACACGUUCCACCUCUUCCCGGAGACGUACCAGUUCCUCAAGGACUGCGAGGAGCGGUUCGGGUUCAAGGCGGAGGUGUUUCAGGCGGCGGGCCUCAACUCCAAGGAGGACUACGUCAAGAAGCACGGCUCGGACCUCUUCAUUCGGGACAUAGACGAGUACGACCAGAUCUGCAAGGUGGAGCCGUUCAGCCGCGCGCUGACGUCGCUCAACGUGGACGCCAUGAUCAAUGGGCGCCGCAGAGACCAUGGCGCUGAGAGGGCGCACCUGGAGCUAUUUGAAGACGGCACACCAGUGAAGGUGCAGCCCCUCGCAUACUGGGAAUUCAGGGACUGCUUUGAUUACCUGGAGAGGCAUGGGGUGCCAGCCCACCCUCUUCACGCGGAUGGCUUCCCCUCCAUUGGUGACAUCCAGACCACCCUGCCCGUUCCGCGUGCCAAGUGGUUCGAGUACGGUGGAGAGCGGUCGGGGCGGUUCCAGGGGCUGAAGAACAGAGACGGGUCGGACAAGACAGAGUGUGGCAUUCACGUGGAGGAUGCUGUGGCCUCAUCCCUCACUCCGCCUUCCUCCUCCCUCACACCACCUUCCUCCUCACUCACUCCUCCUUCCUCCUCACUCACCCCGCCUUCCUCCUCCCUCACCCCCCCAUGA